CAAAAGACCCCAAGCAUGUCGUUGUGCACCCUUGCCGCUGUGCCGGGGAACAAGCCGCUGUGCCACUGGAGCUCCUCCUCGCGUGGCCACUCCGCUCGUGCCCCGAGACGCUGGAGCUCGUGGUUGCACCCUGCGAGGAUUUUUGCUGCCGCCGGAGCAUUGUGUUUGCACAGUCACUCGAGGCCGGCUGAAGUGCAUUCUUCCCGCAGGAGGCGAAUGCUAGAGCGACCGUCGCAUGAUCAUGCAACGGGACGCAACAUGCCGAAGAAAUUGUACUUCUUGAACUCCCCCACCGCGGCGCGCCGUCACGGAAAGCAAGGAAGAAGCGACGCAGCUGCUACCCUGCGCAGGAAGAUCAAGAAGUGUGGAAGCCAGAGUGAGCUUCUCAGUUUGGUGAGGUCGGCAGUGAAUGACGGAACGCUAGAGGCAAGUGUGAUUGGUGCUGCCAUGCAGACUUGUGGCAAUCGUGGAUGGUGGGCUGAAUUAAUGGAGAUCAGGAAGAUCCAAAAGGAGCAGUGUGUGGAGCUUUUUCCCAUCCAACGUGGCAUAGCCUUGACUGCACUAACCUUAUGCUUAAAGAAAGGGCACAGGUUCCGAGUGGUUGAGUCGCGGGCGCAAAUGGCUCUUGCUUUGGCCAAAGAGCUUUGAGAAGAGAUUGGUUCCCCGGCAGAGGUGGAUAGCUUCAAUUGCUCGCUUAGCAGCUCACUAAGGCUCGCUACUAGCAUCAACUCGGAGGCUGCAUACCGCUGGGGCAAGGCCAUGUGGGAGAAGUCAAGUACUGCUUCGUACGACAAGAGCCACAUCACGUUGUGCACAUACGUGCUUUUCUUGGAGCAGUUCGGGCAUCACGAGGAGGUGGAUGCACUGUUGGAGGGCAGACAGAACGAUUCAAAGCAGUUACUCAACCAGGUUCUCUUGGGUAGCCUACUAAAUUCAGCGGCGGUGAGAGGAGCUUGGAGACGAGCAGAGGCCAUAUGGCGUCAUGGUGUGAGACAGAAAGUCGAGCCAAAUGUCAUUUGCCACGAUGCAAGGGCAAAAGCACACUUGUUGGCUGGCCGGCCAACUUUUGCCGUGAAAGUCUUGCAAGGUGCAAUCAAGGAGAACGCCGCAAGUGCAGAUUCAGAGUUUUGUGCCAGGCUAGUCCAAACUUACGUGCAGGCUUUGCUGGUUGUUUGCCACUCAUCACUAGACCUCGACGACCUUCAUCACCUUGCCAAAGUAUUGCAACACGGGAUGACAAGACCGCGAACAACAGUGCACAUGAUUUUGCAGAAGAUGCAAAAGGCCAUUCAAGUUCUUCGAACUCGACCAAGUCAACUACGCCUUCACGACGUUCUCAUCGAAUGGAACGCCAAGGAAAUGAGUGCCAUGGCUUCUUGGGACAACUUUGCAGCAGGGUCCCAGUACCUUCUAAAGCUGGAGACUUCCAGUGACUAGGUUCUGACUCGAUUUUGAGCCACGCUGUUGAGCAUUGAACCACAUGCCACGGUGCUUGCAAACGAGCAUCAAGUCUCGCUGGUCUUUGUUUCUGGCGUGGAAGGCAUGGAAACCAAAAAGGAACUCUAGACUCUAGACCAAGGCUGCCAUGUUUGACUUCAACCGCCAGAUCGGUCCGUGCAACCGG